AUGGCUGCCUUCGAAAUCAACAAGCCAAAGUUCCUUGUGAACUGCGGCGCGUUCGAUCGGUAUCUAAAUGAUGCCCCCUCUGGUGUUUUGACCCUCCCAGCAUACGAAAGAAAUGCGGAUGAUGAAGUCAUCGUCCAUGUUGGUGAGGUGUUUUGCCGGGUGCCGGACUGCGAGCAUGGAAAAAAAGCCUUCCAGAAGACAGUUGGGCUUCGUGAGCACCUGAAGAAGGCCCAUAGCCAGGACGGCUUUGCUCCCGUUACGCUGAAGGCUGGAAAUCUGGAUAAAGCCACGAAGGAUGCGGCUAAGGCCUUUUUCAAUGGUCUUUAUAGCCGCGGAGCCUCGCAGGCUACCCCCGUUGCUGCCGCCCCGGCUAAGCGCCCUCUUCCACUGAAGAGAGGUGGUGAGGUGAAUAAAGGCGAAGUCCUUCGUAUCCUGGGUCUUAAUGCCCGAAAGGAUAUCCCCUGCGCUGCCUGUAAGGCUGCAGACCUACCGAAAAGAUGCAUUUUCAAUAAGGCAAUCUGCGAUCAUCUGGCUACCUUUGAUAUCCCUGAGGAAAGCUAG